AUGUCAGGAAUUGAUGAUAUGGGUGAUAAACCAGAUAUUUUAGGUUUAUUUUAUGAUGCUAACUAUGAUCCAGGUCAAGGUAUACUCACAUUUAUUUCAAUGUACGGGAAUACUACUAUAACUUUUGAUGAGUUACAGUUAGAGGUCAAUAGUUUAAUUACAAGUGGUAUUAUGUUCGGCGUCAGAUGUGGUGCUGCUUGUUUGACAUUGUUAAUAAUGUGGAUGAUUUCUAAGAAUAAGAAGACUCCAAUUUUUAUUAUUAAUCAAUGCUCGCUAAUCCUUAUUAUUAUGCAUUCAGGUUUAUAUUUUAAGAAUAUUCUAUCAAAUUUGAAUUCUUUAUCAUAUAUCUUAACUGGGUUUACUCAAAAUAUCACUAAAAAUAAUAUACAUGUCUUUGGUGCCGCUAAUAUUAUUCAAGUUUUAUUAGUAGCAACCAUUGAACUGUCGUUAGUGUUUCAAAUUCGAGUCAUGUUUAAAGGUGACAGUUUUAGAAAAGCUGGUUACGGUUUGUUGUCAAUUGCGUCUGGUUUGGGUAUAGCUACUGUCGUCAUGUAUUUUUACUCUGCCAUUACAAAUAUGAUUGCUGUUUAUAAUCAAACUUACAACUCCACUGCUAAAUUAUUUAACGUUGCAAACAUUCUUCUGUCUACAUCGAUAAAUUUUAUGACGGUAGUAUUAAUUGUUAAAUUAUUUUUGGCUGUUAGAUCAAGAAGAUAUUUGGGUUUAAAGCAGUUCGAUAGUUUCCAUAUUUUAUUGAUUAUGUCAUGUCAAACAUUGAUUGUACCAUCAAUUCUUUUUAUCUUAUCAUACGCUUUAAGUACUAAGCUGUACACUGAUCAUUUAGUUGUCAUUGCAACUUUAUUAGUCGUUCUAUCUUUACCAUUAUCUUCGAUGUGGGCAAGCGCUGCAAAUAAUUCUCCUAAACCAAGCUCGUUUACAACCGAUUAUUCAAACAAGAAUCCUAGUGACACACCAAGCUUCUACAGUCAAAGUAUUAGUUCCUCGAUGAAAAGCAAAUUCCCAAGCAAAUUCAUACCCUUCAAUUUCAAGUCUAAAGACAAUUCUUCUGACACUAGAUCAGAAAAUACAUAUAUUGGCAAUUAUGACAUGGAAAAGAAUGGAUCACCAAAUCACUCUUAUUCUUCCAAAGAUCAAAGUGAAGUUUACACUAUAGGUGUAAGCUCUAUGCACACAGAUAUAAAGUCACAAAAGAAUAUCAGUGGACAGCAUUUAUAUACCCCAAGUACAGAGAUUGAUGAAGAAGCUAGAGACUUCUGGGCGGGCAGAGCUGUUAAUAAUUCAGUUCCAAAUGACUAUCAACCAUCUGAGUUACCAGCAUCGAUUCUUGAAGAAUUGAAUUCACUGGAUGAAAAUAAUGAAGGUUUCUUGGAGACAAAAAGAAUAACAUUUAGAAAACAAUAA